AUGAAAAUUCUUGAAACAACGAAUGUAGAUUGGAACAAAACAAGAGAACUUUGGAUUAAAUCUCAUUCCUAUCGACAAAACGAAUUACAAAACAACGAGUUAAGUACUAUUGACUAUAUACAAAAAUACAACAUUCAUCUUAAUGAGAACUUUCAUGAAUUGCUUCAAAUCGAUUUCAAAAUACUGUACCCAAAUUACAAAAGCAUUUACCAAUGGAAACAAUUCUAUGGAAAACUAAUAUUGAAAGCCGAACAAUCAAAAGAGAAUAGCGUUUUACAAAUUUUAGCGAAUAUCGACAGAACUGAGGACGAAGAUUGCAAAAUUGCUCUUUCGUUGAUGAUUAUUCCAUUUAUUCUACCACACUACAGGAAGAACAGCAAGUUAGAAUCGCUGGAAUCAUUCAUUUAUUACUGCAAGAAUAUUCAAGUGGCAGAUGACGAAACAAGAAACCGAAUAACCGACUAAAAAAGGAUACUCAACCCAAAAUUUAUUUUGUUGGCGAUACGACAAAACCAAUUUCCAUUGCAUACGUGGAUAUAUGUGGAAAUCGUUUGAAAUUUGAAAAUCCUUUAAAAGCUGUUGAAGCCUGCUUUUACUCUUUUAUGAGUAUGAAUAUUAAAUACCCAACUGCAUGCCUACACGUAUGGACAUUUAUACAAUAUAUUAUUUAUGAAAUUAACACUCCAUGGGAUACGACAAUACCUGCUGUAAGUACCUUAAUCAAUGAACUUCGUAUGGAAAAUCUGGAAUAGAUUUGUUUUUUCAGUUUCGAAGAGAAUUAUUUUAUGUUCGUCCAAAAAAAAUGAAUUAUUUUAUUAUUAUUUCAUUAUAUAAGACUUUUAUAUAUAAAUUUAUAUCUACAAAUGGAUUAUAUUAAAUGUUUUUGUUCAUCUCAUUUAUUUAUUUCAAUUUAUGAAUUAAUCCGACAUAUGAGAAGGCAUCAUAAACAUAUAACGUCAAUAUCUUGUUGUUUUCCUAAUUGCAAUCGCAGAUACGAUCGGUUUGAUUCAUAUAAGUUUCAUUUGCAAAGACAUUUUCCUAAAAAUGUCUUUAAUAACUCUUUGGAUAGUUCAUCAGAAUACUCAAACAUAAAUAGUGAACCUUUAGGAAGAAUUUUCCCCUUAGAUACAAAUAUUGACGAUAAUAGUUCGCGAUCUCAGAUAGAA